ACAUGUCAACAAUGAUGUAAUGUCAAAGCUCCCUCCCGUUGAUUAAUCGAACCACCUAAACGUCGAUCGACCGGAGAAGAGGAGACGACAUCAUCGCUCUCUUUCAAUUCUCAGCUCGUCGGCGACUCCAUUCCCUCUCCCUCUCUCCGCGGAAUCCAUUUCUCCGGUGUCUGCUGCUUCCGGCGGGAGAGAUUCCGUCAGCUGAUCAGUUGCGCAUUUGCUGCUUCUCUUCUUGUGCUCAAUCCGGCUUCUCGGGCUGGUCCGAUCGUAGAUUAUCUGCUUCGGUUCCACGUCUACGGAGAUGUUUGAGGAGAAGAUAUUUGGGAAUGGUGCAGACCAAGGCGAAAGAGAAUGUGAUAAUUGCCAUGAUGAUGAGAUUAAGGUUGACCCCGGGAAGCCAGCUGCACUGACCUGGCAAAGAAAGAUAAACAGUGAAUGCAAUCCCCCCUUGGUAUUCAAUCUGAGUUUCCAAGAAAAAAUGCAUAUGGCUCCGAUAGGUUUGCGCCUAUGGCGUCAUGUCCGAGCAGAAGCUGCCAAGGGGAAGGGGGUUAUCAUCAACCCUUUUGUUAAGCGUGCCGUGACUUCAUCUCAUGCUAUUCCUCUUGGUGGGAUUGGUUCUGGAAGCAUCGGAAGAAGUUACCGUGGUGAAUUUCUGCGGUGGCAGAUAUUCCCAAGGAUAUGUGAAGACAAACCUGUUUUAGCAAAUCAAUUUUCUGUUUUUGUUUCACGCCCCAGUGGUGAGAAAUAUUCCACUGUCCUCUGUCCAGGGUCUCCAGAAGCACUGAAAGAAAGUCCAGUUUCAGGGAUUGGAUCAUGGGACUGGAACCUCAGUGGGCAAAAUUCCACAUACCAUGCUUUGUAUCCGAGAGCUUGGACUGUUUAUGAGGGAGAACCAGACCCAGCCCUCAGGAUUGUUUGCCGUCAGAUUUCCCCAUUUAUUCCUCAUAAUUACAAGGAAAGCAGUUUCCCUGUCUCAGUUUUUACUUUCACGCUACAUAACUCCGGGAAGACUGCUGCAGAUGUUAGCUUACUUUUCACAUGGACAAAUUCUGUUGGAGGGACAUCUGAAUUUUCUGGUCACCACUUCAACUCUAAGAUUCGGAUGAAUGAUGGGGUUCAUGCUGUACUCUUGCAUCACAAGACUACCGAUGGACACCCGCCAGUAACUUAUGCAAUUGCAGCUCAGGAGACUGAUGCAGUCCAUGUCUCAGAGUGUCCAUGGUUCGUGAUAACUGGAGAUUCUCAGGGUAUCACAGCCAAGGAUAUGUGGAAUGAAAUAAAAGAGCAUGGGUCCUUUGACCAUCUCAAUUCUCCGAAUAUAUCAGUUCCUUCGGAACGAGGAUCAUCCAUUGGGGCAGCCAUUGCAGCUUCUGUCAAUGUCCCACCAGAUUCGGUACGAACAGUAAAUUUUUCCUUGGCAUGGGAUUGCCCUGAAGUGAACUUUGUGCAUGGGAAGACAUACCACAGGCGGUAUACUAAAUUCUAUGGUACUCGUGGCGAUGCUGCAGCAAAUAUUGCACAUGAUGCCAUUCUUGACCAUGGACGGUGGGAAUCCCAAAUAGAAGCGUGGCAGAGGCCUAUUCUUGAAGACAAGAGACUUCCUGAAUGGUACCCCAUCACGCUAUUUAAUGAGCUUUAUUACCUUAAUUCUGGGGGAACAGUUUGGACCGAUGGGUCUCCUCCUCUAUGUAGUCUUGUUAGCAUUGAAGAAAGGAAGUUCUCUCUUGAGAGGAUGAAAUCAGCAGUCACGAGCUCUUUAGAUGUCAUUAGUGAAAAUAGUGUCGCUAUUGACAUUCUUGACAGAAUGACCUCGGUUCUUGAGGAAAUACAUGUACCGAAUGCUUCAAAUUCUGCUCUUGGUACGAAUCUGCUUCAGGAAGGAGAAGAAAACAUCGGCCAAUUUCUUUAUCUAGAGGGAAUUGAAUAUCACAUGUGGAACACCUACGAUGUCCAUUUCUACUCAUCAUUUGCCCUUGUCAUGCUCUUCCCGAAACUCCAGCUCAGCAUCCAGCGGGAUUUCGCUGCAGCAGUGAUGAUGCACGAUCCAUCAAAGAUGCAGCUCCUGAGUGAUGGUUCUUGGGUCCCGAGGAAAGUUCUCGGAGCUGUCCCUCAUGAUAUUGGAAUUACAGACCCGUGGUUCGAAGUAAAUGCCUAUAACUUGUACAACACAGAUAGGUGGAAGGACUUGAACCCCAAAUUUGUCCUCCAAGUCUACAGGGAUGUCGUAGCCACUGGUGAUGAAAAGUUUGCAAAAGCUGUGUGGCCUUCUGUUUAUGUUGCAAUGGCUUACAUGGAUCAGUUUGAUAGAGAUGGGGAUGGAAUGAUUGAGAAUGAUGGCUUUCCCGACCAAACAUAUGAUACCUGGUCUGUGACUGGUGUGAGUGCAUACAGCGGUGGGUUGUGGACUGCUGCCCUUCAGGCUGCCUCGGCCUUGGCACGGAGAGUUGGGGACAAGGGCUCUGCGGAUUACUUCUGGUUCAAGUUUCAGAAGGCAAAAGCUGUUUAUGAGAAGUUAUGGAACGGCUCCUACUUCAAUUAUGACAACAGCGGCAGUAAAACAAGUUCUUCCAUACAGGCUGAUCAAUUGGCCGGUCAAUGGUAUGCUCGAGCCUGUGGGCUUCAGACUAUUGUUGAUGAAGACAAAGCAAGAUGUGCACUGGAGAAAGUUUACAACUUCAACGUCUUAAAGGUGAAGGAUGGAAGAAGAGGGGCUGUGAACGGAAUGCUACCCGAUGGGAGAGUUGACAUGUCCUCGAUGCAGUCGAGAGAAAUCUGGUCUGGGGUUACAUAUGCAGUCGCUGCAUCAAUGAUUCAGGAAAACAUGGUCGAUACGGGCUUCCACACCGCAAAAGGAGUACAUGAAGCUGCUUGGUCUGAAGGAGGACUUGGUUACUCUUUCCAAACCCCGGAGGGCUGGAACAAUGACGACGAAUACAGGUCACUGGCCUACAUGCGUCCCUUGGCGAUAUGGGCAAUGCAGUGGGCACUGACAAGACCGAAAACUCCUGAGGAGCCUGAACCCGGUGUAAGUGAAGAGAACCUGCUGCGGCACCAUGCCGGGUUCUCGAAAGUGGCCCGCCUCCUGAAGCUGCCCAGAGAGGAAGCUGCUAAGGGCCUCCUGCAGACCAUGUUUGAUUACACUUGCAAGAGGAUGUGGAGCUGAGUGAAACGGCAGAGAAGAACACACCUGUGCGAUAUCGGGAGUAUUUAUCAUCAUUAUCUAUCAUUAUUACGCGAUUUUGUUUAGUGUUUGUGUAAAUUUGGAACAAUAUGCGGGCUUGAUGUCAGAACUUAAGAUGGACAUUAGAUGAGAUUGUAGCCAUGUUUACCGUCAUGUCUUCCUAUGUAUAUUCUUUAACCAUAUGCUGUUUCUCCCAAA